AUGUCUUCCGUCGGAGCUGGGCCGGGAAUUGGCGAGAAUCUUUAUUUACUGUUGAUUGGAGAUGAUCUUCGGCUUCUGUAUUCUCAAAUACUGGAGUCCACAACCCCAAGAGAUUUCGAGGGAGCUCUUCGGCAUUUUCUAACGACACUGGCUUCGAGCUUGAGAAAGGAAGCUUCAAAUAAGAAAGAGAGAGGCGCUGCAAAGUUUCUGCAGUGGGGAAUUCGAAACCUCGCCCAUCGAGUCGCUGCGUUGAUGGGGAUCAAAAUAGAUGACCAAAGUUCCACAAUACCAGUAUCUGCUGCAGCGGACGCGGUGGACGACGAUGAAAGAAGUGAUAUGGAUGAUUCAGAUGAUGACGAUAAUAGCAACGAGUCAGAUGUUCAAGCUUUGGAGAACUUCAUUUUGCAAUCGAUUGCCUUCAAGGAUUUCAAAGCAAGCCUUCUUGGGUUAAUCCCACUAGCUGCUGAAGUCAACAAACACCUUCCAGAAUAUCCUGAUGGAGCCAAAAGAUCCGAUGAAGUCGAUGAGCAAGUCAACUUUGUUAAAGCUCUGCAAGACGGAACGCAGACUCCAGACCUUCCUUGGAGAAAGGAGGUAGAAAUAUCCUGGCAAUGUUCUUGUGGGACAAUAUUCCAAGAGUACGUCAUCGAGUACAAGAAAGGUGCUGCGCAGGAGCUUGCAAACUCCUUCGAUACUCGUGCUUCGGUCGACAUCGAGCGUGAAGCAGGAGCUGAGUCCUACUCGGAGUCUAGGACCUCUGAUCGCUCGGGGCGACACAGUCGCCUUGACGUCAAAACAGAGGAGCAACAUACAAUGGGAAGUUCCACUUAUCGAAGAAAGAAAGAGUUCAUCUUGAUGUGCCAAGAAAGCGGUAAGGAUACGAGACUCUAUCAUGCCGAUAUUUCUGAGACACUUUGCGACUACUCUUCAUAUUAUGUCCUACAUGCUCAAUACUAUGGACGAUUGAAAGGGUCCUGGACGUGGCUCACCCUGAAAGAAAUAUCUUCUGUCAAAUUCGUCAAGUUCUCUCUGUACUGGACAACAAACGUAAGCAUCGACUCCAACGACUUUGGUGAACUUCCACCAUACCCCUCUGAAGAUUACUCCUUCGCGGCAGACACCAACCCACCAGUGCCACGGACGGCUCUGCAACAUUUCAUCGAGAAUCCGUCCCAUGCACCCAAGCAUCCUCGCCAUCGCCCGAGGAUUCCCAAGAAAGCGAGUGGACCACUUCUCCUCAACAAGGAUCUAGACUUGCUUCCAGGCUAUGGAAUAUAUAUCCAAGAGCGCAUAUGUUGGAAAAAAUUGGUUUUGAUUGAGACUGCAUUCGCAACAGCUUGUAUAAUUUUUGCAGUUGUUUGGUGUAUUGUGAAACAGGGCGGAAUCCAAGAUGGCUUCGCGAUUGCUGGUACGGGUAUUGCGUAUGCGACGAUCUUUUUGGGGGCUUCACAAGUCGUGCCUCGGAGUCAUUGGUAA